GAGGCCAGCUACAGUUGUACACCGGGAUGAAAAACACUAUCCCUCUACAGCGGGAUAUAAGUUCAGAUCGUGGACAUGGUGUGAUCUUUCCCCGGUUGAGUCAUCUAUAAAGAUCUUCUCGAUGGGACUGUGAAGGAGAAGGUCACAGGACACAGUGAGAGCCCUUAAAGUGUUGUUAUCACAGACAGACAACAACAAUAGACGGAAAGACAACAACAACGGACUAGCUCGCUAGCUCGCCCGCUAGCAUCUUGCCAACCGCUGCGCUGUUUUCAAACGCUAACUGAAAGCUAGCUAACGUUAGCUAACUUAAUCUGCAAAUCUAUCCGUUUGCGCUGACAUUUAAACCGGACGUUGCUCAUAGCUGGUACUGGGUAUCAAGCUACAUCAACCAAGGCAGACAGCCAUUCCUUGCCCACAUUUAAAAAAAACAUUUCUACUGACAUUUGUGUUGUGGCUUUAGCUAGCUAAAAAAAGAGCUAAGUCCCGACUUCUCCCCCUCCCCAGCGGCCCGGCCGGAGAUGCGUGGAAGAUGUCGGUGUCGGGGCUGAAGGCCGAACUGAAGUUUUUGGAGUCCAUUUUUGAUCCAAAUCACGAACGUUUCAGGAUCAUUGACUGGAAGCCUGAUGAGCUGAGCUGCCAGUUUAAUGUGACUGGGGAAAAACUGUUAAUAAUCCACUGUAAUAUAACGGAAUCUUAUCCAUCUACGCCGCCAAUAUGGUUCGUGGACUCUGACGACCCGAGCUUGGCGCAAGUUUUGGAGAGGUUGGAAGAUGUGAGAAAAGGCAGCACCCUGCUUUUGCAGCAGUUGAAGAAACUCAUAUGUGACCUCUGUCGACUGUACAACCUUCCCCAACAUCCAGAUGUGGAGAUGCUGGACCAGCCCCUGCCUGCGGGGCCCGUGGCUCCAGACCGAAAGCAUGGGACAGAAGAGGUCACAUCUGAAGAAGAAGAGGAAGAAGAGAUGGGAGAGGACAUAGAGGAUCUGGACCACUAUGAGAUGAAAGAGGAGGAGCCUGUGGAUGGGAAGAAAUCUGAGGACGAUGGCAUUGAGAAGGAGAAUCUCGCCAUCCUGGAGAAGAUCCGGAAGAACCAGAGGCAGGACCACUUAAACGGAGCGGUGUCUGGAUCUGUGCAAGCGUCUGACCGCCUGAUGAAGGAGCUCAGAGAGAUCUACAGGUCUCAGAGUUACAAGACAGGCAUCUAUUCAGUGGAGCUUGUUAACGACAGCCUGUAUGAAUGGCACGUCAAACUAAGGACAGUGGAUCCAGAUAGCCCCUUACACAGUGAUUUACAAGUCCUAAAGGAAAAGGAAGGAAUGGAUUACAUUUUACUGAACUUCUCAUAUAAAGAUAACUUCCCUUUUGAUCCACCGUUUGUCCGAGUGGUCUCGCCUGUGCUGUCCGGAGGGUAUGUUCUUGGAGGAGGUGCCCUGUGCAUGGAGCUUCUCACCAAACAGGGUUGGAGCAGUGCCUAUUCCAUUGAGUCUGUCAUCAUGCAGAUCAAUGCCACUUUAGUCAAAGGAAAAGCCAGAGUGCAGUUUGGAGCCAAUAAAAACCAGUACAAUCUUGCCAGAGCACAGCAGUCCUACAAAUCCCUGGUUCAGAUCCACGAAAAGAACGGCUGGUACACACCCCCUAAGGAGGACGGCUAAAACACUCCUGCCUUUCCUGCACUGGGACCACAUGUCUUUGUUUAUUUUCUCCUUGCGACCAAUAUAUUUUGUUUUAAUCCCGCAAACCAUUUUUGUUCUGAUCUCCAAACCAAUUUCCUCAUUCAGUGCCCACCCAGAUACUAGCACAUAAACACACCUGCAAGUCACAUCCAAACUCAUCAGCUACUCUCCUCGAUAUUUAUCUCUCUGUACAUCUGUGGUCUGAUACAAUCUCUUUCCAUUGCGACAUUCAUUCCAUACUCCUGGUGGACUAAAUGUCGUGCACACUCGGCCUUUGGGCGAGGUGUUGAGCAUGCCAUGGUCACCUGCUGGCUGAGAGUUGAAAGGUGCAGCAUGGCUUUAUCUGCCAGCAGAGUGUGAGGCUGAGGGACACAUACUGGAUCCCUGACAUGUUGCAGUGGUGGCUGGGAAGGACAUUUAAAUGCUGGUGGAAGAACCACCUCCCUUUCUCUCCAUGGACGGCAUCUGUAAUAUUGUGCUCGUGUAUUAUCUUCGCAAUGCCAAGAUCCCUCCUUCUAGAAUAACACGCUUCUGAGGCUCGCUUGCUUUCAAACCUCUUAUCCUUUUAAAGCUCGAAAGCCCAGAGGUUGGGAGGAAGAUAAAGAGACUUUAGCCGGCUGGGUGGGACAGCCCAUAAUGACAAACAGCAUCCCGCUGAGACCACUGUCUUCAUCAUCAUCGUCACAACCAGCAGCUUUCCGUCUCCCUGCAGGAGAGGUUGGAGCGUCGUCGCUUUGCAACCCAAAAACCUGGCAAAGCAGGGGCGCGUUUGGUUUGGAUCACACAGUAAUGUAGUCGAUUUUAACUCCACGUGUAAACAUGUAAAUUUGUAUUUCUGCAAAAGGAUUUAAUUGUUUAUAAUGUAACCUUGUCUGGGUCUUUGACUGGGCAAAGACUGUAUUACUAUAUACCCUUGACUAUUAGCAGCAAGGGCAUUGCAACUUCUCAAGACCCUUUUAGAAUAAGAAAAAGUUGCUUCAUGGAUACUCUUGCAGAAGGAAACAAAAGUACACCGUGAUCUUAUGUAAGCUUAAUGACUACUGCAGUUUUGUUCUCUCUCUCUUUUUUCUCUGUUUUAAACUAUUGAUUUGUAAUCCUCAUGUUAUUGGCAACAUCGACAGGACCAUUCGCCCUUAUUUGAUGGCACCUCCCUCUUUACUACAACAGCCUAACAAUAAUGGCAUGAACACACAGCUGUUGGUUUGGCUUCUCGUAUCUAAUCACUCAAACCGGAUGAACCUCAGUAAGGCUAUGCAGUGAAGACACAGUCUUGUGGAGUUUUGUUGUACUGGAGAAAAUUAGUCUUAACAGUGUAGUCACCUGCUUAGUUCUUGUAGCUGGUUCACAUCCUGAGCACUUUGCCAAUCCUGCAGUCCUUACAGUCUGGAGGAAAAAGUGACCUUUUGUCCUUCUGACUUUUCCUUGACUUCAUGGCUGUUUUCUUUCUUCGUCUUUUUGUUUAAAUGCAGCCAGAGUUUUCAAAUUCACAGCAAUAGUCUCGACCGCAUACCUUCUGGCUUCACCUGGGAAGAUCGACUGGACUCUGUUCCGUUUUCCAGAAUAUUUGUGUAGGUUUGAUAAUUAUUUGUUCAGAUUUGCCACGGGAGGGUCCCAGCUCUUCCCAUUACCACCUCUCUGGUUACUAUUCAUAACCACUCUCAGCGCCGCUGUACCCCUCAGCGCGCUGGGUCUUUGAUGUAAUGUGAAUAAUAUGCAGAAAACUGUGUGGAGCAUUCCAAAUAAUGCAGUUACACGUUUGUUGUGGGUGUUCUAUUGUGUGGUUACUUGCAUUGUUUUAAGUAUAUUGUCCUGAAAACCAGCAUAGAAAGCUUAGUUAUGCUAAUUCAUGCGGUCAUUCCUCAGUUGAUUUAGAAUUUCCUCAGUGAUACUAACCCCAGUCACAACACCAGUAUUUUGGAAACAGGUAGAGAUGGGUAUGAAACAUCGUAUUCAGCACAUGUCGGACGACUUGCAGGAUAUGAAUAACGAGUGUCACUUCACCUCUUCAAGCAAAAAAAUAAAAUAGCCGGACACGAGUAUGGAUCAUCGGCAUGGUUGUUAGCUGUUGUGAUGCCAUCGGUAAUGUACUAAUCACUUCAUUCUGGUCACUUUGUUGAGCCCACCCCUGCAUUCUCUGGAGAAGCAAACUCAGGAAUACAUUCUGCACACUCGACUUUGCUAAGGAUCGCUUCAGAAUCUCGUCACGAAAUGCAAGAUUGAAUGUGUCAAUCUUUCCUUUGGGCCAUUUUAAAACAACCAAGAGGCAUCGCAGUGCUGUCGAAUUGCACACACUUUCUGAAUAAACGUUGAGGUAUAAUAAUUAUUAAGCAAUUUUUUGGAAUGAGCAGGGUUUUCGCUCUCGCCCUCAGAUUAACCUGCGCUUGACGAGGGGUUUCACGACACAUCGACCCUUGUCUCUUUGAUAUUGCUGUAUUUUGCAUGUCAAUAUAUCAAUGGGUGUUUUUCCCCAAGCUACUGAAGGCAAAGAGUGGUGGGUUAGGGUGGUAAUAAGACUAGAUGUAUCCGUUUUUUCAUAAUUGUUUACUUGUGGUUUCCUACAUCAGUGCACAGGGGGAUUUAUCCCUGUGUGCCGCUUACUGAACCAGGUCAGAUACUCUGAGACACUCGGGCUUACGAGACAUCCUGGCUGCUUGGAUCACCUUUUAAAGAUGCCAGGAUUCCCAACUAAAGUAGCAGAUUUGUGUGCCAUCUGAACAAUUGUUAGCCCACAUCUUGAACCUGACCUUUGGAAUAAUGGUGUACUCCGAGUCUGUAGUGCACUGAGUCUCUCAGCUUCUCUCACACCGACUCCUGUCGUCUGACUAACAGAAACCUUCUCUGCUUGGCGAGCCACAUAUUGGUCUGAGGUGUGAGUUAGCCUGAUUCUGGGUUCUUUACCUUGCUUCAUUAACUGCAGUGGCCGGGUUAUAAAGUUAUGCACUGUUAGCAUGCUUUGGUUUGGUUCCAUUUUUUUUUUUUUCAUUGCAAGGGUGAUUUUGACCAUGUAAAGUAAUUUGUAAACUUGCAUCAAGUUUAUAAAUAAAGAAUUUUAUGAAAUAUGUCUUUUAUUUUGUUCUAAUAAAAGUUGUUCUGUAUGUAUGUAUCAGUAGGAAAUGUGGAAGAGUCAUCAAUCUGAAAUGUCUGAUAUGAAAAUGUAUCACCCGUAAUCAGGAACAGUUAAACAUAUGAGCUAGCUGACUUUGGUACUAAUACUUCUUAUUAGGUCAAACUGGAUCCUUUGUUGCAGUGAAAUGCUACUCGUAUGUGCGUUGCAUCACCCACUAUCCUACAAUUAAUUUACAGUAGAGCUAACGUAAUGUUUUCAUAAAAUAAUGGGAAGAAAUGCUGUUUUCAGUAUUGAGUUUCUUUGCUUUUGGCUGGUAUAUACAAUACACUUAAUAGGUUAUUUAGACUCACAAAGAAAGACAUUUUAAGGCACUACUUUUGUCUCAUACAAUUGUAUAGAUUAAACAAUUAAUGGAGAUAAUGAUUAAUCAUUUAAUUUAAUCAGACUAAGUUGUCGAGCCUGACUUUCCGGGUAAUGUAUUCCUGGUGUUUCCCAGUAGAUGAUGUUCUUUGCCAAACAUGCAGGUGUUAGUUUUCCUCCAGAGCUGCAGUCAACAUUCAGCAGGUCAGCAACCCUUGCCCUUUCAACAUAUUACUCUAGCUCUUGUUGACUUAAACCGUGGGCUUUAAAGUGGCUCAAAGUAUGCUAUUGAUUAUCAAACCGAAACAUUAAAGUGUUAUGAUUUAAUGUACACUUUAAUGCAGGUAAUUUAUAUCUCUUAGAGCGGUACACAUGCAUAAUGUUAAACAACAGGAGAUGGCUAAAACAUACAGUACAUCACAUCUCACCACAUGAAGCAUCAGAUGAGAAGUUACAGCCAAAGCUAGUACCAUUUAAACAGAGAGUUAACAGCAGGUUGCAGUUGGUACAAAUCUGAUUUUGAAAUUGCUUGUUUUGCUGGUGAUUUCGUUGUUAUACAAAUAAAUGUUUUCUUUGUUCAUCGCUUA